AGAAGAAAAAAGUGUGUACCUAAAUAUACAAAAAUUACUGAAAUCCAAUAUAAAAAAAGCGCAUAAAUAUAUAGUGGAUUUAAAGUUAGACCACCAAACAAAAAAAAACGACCUCGGCAACCUAGAAAGCAAAAAGUUUAAUUUCCCGGCAGCGCUCCAACUUCGAAUUCAACUCUUCUGCUUCAUCGUCACUCGUCGUCGGUCUUGCGCUCAUACUCGAUAAUUUCAGCAACUUAUUGAGCGCCGCUUGCCACCACUGACUUCGGCGUCAACGUCGACUUCAUCGUCGACUUUAACUCUGACUCUGACUGUGACUCCAAAAUGGUCAAAAUGGAAUUUCUUAAAAGGAAACAUUUUUCAUUGUGGAUUAUAACGACAUUUGUACUCGUGGCUGGCAUUUUGGAUGGUUGCGUCGGACUGCAAGGCGUACCAACAUGGAUCUGCCUCGGCAUCAAGUCGCCUUUCAUCGAAUUCAGCAACAAUAUAGAAGUGCUGGCCAACAACAGUGUGCCCCUCAACAUAACCAAAGAUGAGCAGGCGCUCAUGCAUCAGGAAGGCCUGCGCAAGUUGGGCUCUUUCAUAAAACCCGUUGACUUGCGCGAUUCGACGACGGGUUUUGUGAAAGCCGACUUAACUAAGAAAAUACCUAACUUUGCUGCCAGCACAAGCAGUAAUAUGCACUAUGGCGCUGGCGGUGGUCAUGGUGGUGGUGGUGGAGGUCCCGGCGGUGGUAUAAUAAUGGCACAACGACGUCGUCAUCCAAUACAAGAAGAAAUGGAUCAAAAACAAAUUAUAUUGCUUGAUGAAGACACAGAUGAAAAUGGUUUGCCCACAAGUCUGACGGAUGAAGAUCGAAAAUUUAUCGUACCCAUGGCGCUUAAGAAUGCUUCCCCGGACCCACACGCGCUAAUGGCUACGCAGCGUCUAGUAGGCAUGACGACGCGGCGCACCACAACGACGACGACGACGACCACAACAAAGCGUCCCACUACACCUGUCACACCAGAGUUUGCAUCGAAUAUCGACGAUCUCAAAAAGCAUAUAUUAUUUUUGCAAAAUCUCACUAAGCACGAUAGCAAUUUUCAGUCGAAAUUCGUUGUAUUCCCAAGUCUACAAAAAGAUCGGAAAAAUCCAGGGCCAACAGUUGUAAUAACAACAACCACUGCGCGCCCUUUUCGCUCAAUCUUUCAAUACUCUGCGCCCGCUACACCACCUACGCGCAAAUCCGCUUUUCCGAGUGGCGCAAAACUGCCAGGGGGUCAACCUUUCGGCGGCUACUAUCACAAUGACGAUGUAGAUGAUGGCGGCAUGUCGGUGUUUCUUUCGAAAGCCGGUAUGAAUGCGCGCGAAAAGAUCACAAUUGUGCCACAAGUGUUGUUGCUAAAUGAUCAAACGAGUAAAAACGAAACUGCUGGUGGCGAUGUGAGACAACGCAAUUUCGAUAACUCACCCGCUGGUAUGCCACAAACUAUUGCCGCCACCACAACAACUACGCCAGAGACUACCACACCCAUGACGAGUACGACGCCUAAGCGUCCAACCAAGAGACCAUUGUGUAUACGCAAUCCUGACUCGCCGAAAUGCAUACGGCAGCGUAAACGCGAGGAGCAACAGCGUCAGCGCCAUCGUGAGCAAUUGUUGCGCGAGCAACGUGAAUAUCUACGGCCGCACUACGAACCCUACAUCCAGACGCUGAACAACACAAAACGCUUUGCGGUGUCCAUCGAAAUACCUGACUCCUUCAAGAUACCGUACAAUGAGAGCAGGGAAACGACUCCGACGCCUUCAAUGCGUGCCGACGAAGGCGAAUUACAAUUGCUUUCACGUUCCAUACGUUCGCAUCAUAAACGACGCAAUAUUGGUGCCGGUAUACAAGGACGUCGCGCGAGCAAUAAUGAUAAGUUUGCCGCCAAAUAUGGACCGAGCUAUUUGGAGCGUGAUGCGGUCAUAACGGGUAAUCGUGAUUUCGUCGUUUCGAGUGGAGAUCGAAGUGUCACAUCUUCGACAAAUAACAGCAGUACGCCAAGUCCGACGGUGCCGGCGUAUUCGGAGCCAAUAGAUUUGAAUCCCGACAAUUGCUAUCUAGUCGACGGCAUGACAUAUGGGCAAAAGAAACAAUGCGUUUUGCAUACGAGCGUUAUGCCAGCGAUAAGUCGUGGAGCGAGAGCGGCCAUACAGGAAUGCCAAUUUCAAUUCAAGAAUCGCCGCUGGAACUGCAGCACUACAGACGAUAACACCGUAUUUGGUCCGAUAACAGGACUGGGUUCGCCGGAAAUGGCUUUCAUUCACGCGCUCGCCGCUGCUAUGGUGACCAGUUUUAUUGCGCGCGCCUGUCGCGACGGCCAGCUGGCAUCAUGUGGCUGUUCACGCGGUUCACGACCCAAGCAAUUGCAUGACGAUUGGACGUGGGGUGGGUGUGGCGAUAAUUUGGAAUACGCUUACAAAUUCGCCACCGACUUCAUCGAUGUGCGCGAAAAAGAAACCCGUCGCGGCACACGCGGUGCUGGCAAUCCGGAGCGCAAGCGUGGCGGUGGACGCUUCCAUCAGCGUCGCAAUCAACAAAUGCAGGCCAUGCAAGCCGAUGAUGCGUCCGCUGUAGGAGCGACGACAACAGGUAGAACAUCAGCAGUAACAACGACAACGACAAUGCCAACUGUAACAACAACAACCAGCACAAAGUCAGAAUCAAGCCGAACAUCAACAACGACGCAAUUAGACGUGCUUGCAGGCGGCGCAGCUGGUUCGACAACAAAUGAACACAUCAACAGCGACAACAAAGCCAAAGACAAAGACAACAUUCAGCAACAGCAGCUAAAUUCCAAUAAAACUGCCGGUGUUGAUGGCUACAACAACAAGAACAAUACCCAGACGGUUAAUAAUACCAACAUGUCAACAACAACAACUUUGACGGGUUCCAAGGAUACUGUCACACAACCAACGAAGGAUCCACCAGCAACAGCGACACAGAAAUCUUCGCCAAGCAGAAGUGGCAGUAACAAAAGCAACAAUAAGCAAGAAUCAAACCGUAAUGCUGACUCCUACGAAGACGACGCGGUUGGACGCAUCAAAGCGGAAGAUUUAUUAGAGUUGCAGGAGCGCAUCGCAAAGGAAAUACUCAAUUCGAAAUUGCAGGGCAAGGAAAUGUUGGAAUUACAGGAGAAAAUCAAUCGUGAAAUUCUAAACACAAAGGUGUUCAAUAUAGAUGCUGGCGGCGGUAAACGUAAGCGUAGAAGACGUAAAAAUCAGCGCGCUGUCAAUGGAAUGGCAAACGAUCAGCAGGCAGAUGCCAAUGUCAAUGGCGCUGGCGGAGAUGGUGUGGAUGUUGGCGGUGGUAAUGGUGGAAAAUGGAGGAACAGCAUCACGGCCAAGGCUCGCAGCUUAAUGAAUUUACACAAUAACGAAGCCGGCAGGAGGGCUGUUAUCAAAAAGACGCGAAUCACUUGCAAAUGUCACGGCGUCUCGGGUUCUUGCAGUUUGAUCACCUGUUGGCAACAGCUAUCAUCGAUCAGAGAAAUCGGUGAUUAUUUACGAGAAAAAUACGAAGAGUCUACCGAGGUGAAACUCAACAAACGUGGACGACUACAGGUGAAG